UAUGGACAGACAGAUGGACACUCUCAGGAUGGACCAUGGUGGACCGCAGAGACUGAAACCUGGUUUCAGGAAGUAUGCCUGUGAACUGGAACUGGAUCCAAACACAAUGAACACAAACCUCAAACUGUCUGAUAACAACAGGAAGGUGACACAUGUGGAGGAGGUUCAGUCAUAUCCUGAUCAUCCAGACAGAUUUGACUACUAUCCUCAGCUGCUGUGUAGAAAUGUUCUGACUGAUCGCUGUUACUGGGAGGUUGAGUGGAGAGGAGACGUUUAUAUAUCAGUGACUUACAGAAGAAUCAGCAGGAAAGGAGACAGUGAUGACUGUUUGUUUGGAUGGAAUGAUCAGUCCUGGUGUCUGAGAUGCUCUGAUGGUGGUUACUAUGUCUGGCACAAUAAAAGAAGAACACCCAUCUCCUCCUCCUCCUCCUCCUCCUCCUCUGUCUCUAACAGAGUAGCAGUGUAUGUGGACUGUCCUGCUGGCACUCUGUCCUUCUACAGCGUCUCCUCUGACUCACUGAUCCACCUCCACACCUUCAACACCACAUUCACUGAACCUCUGUAUGCUGGGUUUAUGGUCGACUGGACCAGGUCUGGUUCCUCAGUGUCUCUGUAGGAGGAGCAGGGAGGAGCAGUGAGGAGCAGAGAGGAGCAGUGAGGAGUAAAGAGGAGCAGAGAGGAGCAGUGAGGAGCAGUGAGGAGCAGUAACUCUAUUUCCUUUCUACAGUCGUGAUGAUGAAUUUGCCUCCUACCUGUUGGACAGUCAUAACACACUGAUAAUAUGUUUUAGAUUUGAUUUGAAUCAGAAAUUAACUUUUUUAUUAAACUUUAUAUCAUAUCAAUUAUUCCUGAAACAUUUAGACUAAUACACUAUUUUCAGUGUUUAAUAAACAUCCUGAUCAUAUACAAAUCAUUUUUUGUCAAAAUGUAGACAUAGGUGUUGGGAUUCAUAAAAUGUGACAUUGACAGGCGGGGUCUGCACAAAAUUUAAACGGGGGGGCCGAGACCGGCGGCAAUACCUGUCUCACUCCC